AUGGAUUCGGGGAUAUGUGCACUUUGCCUCGGAGAUAAUACAGACAUCCCGUCUUUCGGAACAAUCAAAGAUGCAGAAAACUUGAUCAUGCCUUGUUCCACUUGUUCCUUGGUGGUACACAAGAUGUGUCUCAUGGAGUGGUUCAACUCACUUCCACCAUCUAAAGUGACCAGAACAUUCAGGGACGAAAACAAUUCAUCUACGCGGCCCCCAGCUUCUACGCCAACCACUGAUAACGAAGGUGCUGUGGGAAUGUUUCCUCCGGAUGUUGAUGAUGAUGAAGGCCCGGGGAUAUUCAACCUAAACUCCCGCUGGGGCAGCCUUCUUGUGCAAUGGGGCACAGACUCGUAUGUCUACACUCCAUCUUCGGCGGAUGCAUCUGCUUUCGGUGAAAAUACCUCCAUCAUGCUUGCAGCUGACUGUCCUCAGUGUAAGAAUAAGAUUGUAUUUAAGAUGUCUCACUCGUCACUUCUUGCCCUCAACAGCUUGGUUCGUACGUCCAUCAAGGACAUGGUGCUGUACCUGGGCGUUUUUAUGGGCAUUUCAGGUGCUGCUAUCGGCAUAGUCACCGUGGGCUACGCUGGACUCACUCGCUGUGGCGUCAACAUGUUGGAGGUGAUGAUUCCUGAGCUGAUUUUGGUAUCUCUUCUUCGGAAAAAACUUCCCAGUCUUCCUAAUUCCAACAUUGGCUCUACUGCUCCCCUGACUGAUCGGAUGGAGUGGGACAUCAAUGUCUUGAGCCAUUUCCGCUUCCAGCUCGUGCCGCUCCUACCACUUGCAUUGUUCCGCAUGCGCUUCUCUUCCAUCUUGAGCUGCAUCUUCAACUCCUCGGCACCUUCCUUGGUAUCAGAUUGCUGCAACGAGUUCCUCGUUUGCCAUUAUGUCUCAUCUUUGGGAAACCAUGUUCUUGCGAGGAACGUGUUCAACAAUUUGACUCGUGGAUUAAUGUCCCUGUGGAAGUCGGGAUCAUUGAAAGCUCUUGGUUGGGCGGGCCUAACCAGGAACAUCAACUGGUGGGACCCAAAUGUCAUGAUCGGCUCUGCAAUUCCCGCCAGGUGGUUAUAUGACAUUUUGUUCCGUCUUACUGUCAACAAGCGUCAUUUUGAUUUGACCAUGGCUGUUCGCCCAAAGAGUAUUGCAAACUCACUAAGCGAAAGUGAGCUUGCUAGAUAUGAGAAUGUGGAGAAUCGCUUAGCAAAGCUUCAGUUUGAACUCCGUGAAAAGAUAAGAAAGGCAAACCAUAAUCCAAAUAUCACAGCAUCCAAGUCUCCAGUGAUGCUGACCCUCAGAAAGAAGAUUAUUGCAUGUCUGCUCAUAUUUAAAGACGAGUUUGCAUGGCGUUGGGUCAAGCUCAAAAUUAAAUCUUGGGUAUUCAAGUCCCUUGCAUGCUUAAAGAAUGACUACUCCUCGUCUCUUCUAAUGAAUCUGAAAGUCGUAACGGGGGUAACUACAUUUUUGUGGCCAUUCCUUGCGGCUGAUGUUGGUAGAUUGGUGCUUGUAUUCCUCCUGAGGUCGUCAUGGACUCUGCAUGUACCCAGGCCUAAAUUGAUACUUUUGGCAAAUCUCAUUGGCAUGUUCGGAGUCUCGAUAAUUAAGGAUAUGUUCCACUUAUACAUGUGCAACCACAAAGCCGGGUAUUUAUCCAACAUGACUAUCUUGACAUCGAGGAACCAAUCUUCUACAACGCCAUCCCGACUGCUGAGUCAUGUGGCUGUUCCUGGUGCUUUUGACCGUUGA